GAUCUGGGAAUCUCCUCUUCUCUUGGCUGCCAAGGAGAACAAUGUUCAGGGUCUUAGGAAAUUAAUUGAAGAUGGUUCUUGUGACAUUUAUCAAAGAGGAGCAAUUGGGGAGACAGCUCUCCAUGUAGCCACCCUCCAUGAUUGUACAGAGGCUGCUGAUUUUCUUCUGGAAGUUGCUCCAGAACUCAUCAAUGAGAAAAUGACAUCAACACUUUAUGAAGGACAAACAGCACUCCACAUUGCAGCAGUUAAUCAAAAUGUUCACUUAGUGAAAUGUCUGCUGAAGAAGAGGGCUCACAUUUCUACUCCUCGAGCUACAGGACACUUCUUCAGGCGUAACUCCUCACAUCACUCCUAUUUUGGGGAGCAUGUUUUAUCUUUUGCAGCCUCUGUGGGCAAUGAGGAAAUUGUUCGUCUAUUAAUUGAAAAUGGAGCUGAUAUCAGGGCACAAGAUUCUCUAGGAAACACGGUUCUUCACAUUCUAGUUCUUCAGCCAAACAGGACAUUUGCAUGCCAGAUGUAUAAUUUCAUCCUUUCCUAUGAUAAACAAGAAGGGAACUUGGAAGCAUUAGACUUGAUUCCCAACAAUGAAGGUCUUACUCCAUUCAAACUUGCUGGAGUUGAGGGUAACAUUGUGAUGUUCCAGCAUCUUUUGCAAAAGCGUAAACAAAUAAUGUGGUCUUUGGGACCUAUUACUACCAUUCUCUAUGACCUUACAGAAAUUGAUUCCUGGGGUGAAGACCAGUCUUUUUUGGAACUUGUUGUAUCAACAAAGAAAAGAGAGGCUCGCCGUAUACUAGAUAUUACUCCUGUGAAGGAGCUUGUGAACCUGAAGUGGAAUACAUACGGGCGUCCUUAUUUCUGUUUCCUGGCUCUGUUUUAUGUCCUCUAUAUGAUUUGCUUCACCAUGUGCUGCGUUUAUAGACCACUGAAAAGUCGCUCAGAGAAUCAAACAAACAAGCGGGAUAACACCAUCAUUGUGCAGAAAACAUUGCAGGAAUCAUAUCUGACAUAUGAGGAUCAACUCAGGCUUGUGGGAGAGUUAAUUACAGUGAUUGGAGCCAUGGCAAUUUUACUCCUAGAGAUUCCAGAUAUUCUAAGAGUUGGAGCCACAAAGUACUUUGGACAAACUAUCCUGGGAGGACCUUUUCACAUAAUAAUCAUCACCUAUGCCUGUGUGAUUCUGGUAACCAUGGCAAUGCGACUGACCAGCACAGAAGGAGAAGUGGUCCCCAUGUCCAUUGCCCUGGUGUUAGGCUGGUGCAACGUCAUGUACUUUGCACGAGGAUUUCAGAUGCUUGGGCCUUUCACCAUCAUGAUACAGAAGAUGAUAUUUGGUGACCUUAUACGUUUUUGUGGUCUAAUGGCUGUUGUCAUACUUGGCUUUGCCUCAGCUUUCUACAUCAUCUUUCAGACAGAAAAUCCAAGCAAUCUGGGACAGUUCUACAAUUAUCCCAUGUCUCUCUUCAGUACGUUUGAGCUCUUCCUCACCAUCAUAGAUGGACCAGCCAACUAUGAUGUGGAUCUUCCAUUCGUGUUCUGUGUGGUGUAUGCUGCGUUUGCUAUCAUUGCUGCUUUGCUCAUGCUCAACCUGCUCAUUGCCAUGAUGGGUGACACUCAUUGGAGAGUAGCCAAUGAACGGGAUGAGCUUUGGCGAGCACAGGUUGUUGCUACUACAGUCAUGCUUGAACGGAAACUCCCACGAUGUCUUUGGCCUCGGUCUGGUAUUUGUGGCCAAGAGUACGGGUUAGGAGACAAGUGGUUUCUCAGGGUGGAAGAGCGUCUGGAUAUCAGCAAGCACAAGAUGUUACGCUAUGCAGAGGCAUUUAGAAACCAAGACAAAGAGGUUUUUGAUAAGUAUUCUGGGAAACUAUACCAACCUGAACCUUUCCAAUUCAAGAAAGAAACUCCAUCUCCAUCUGUCUCACGAAGCUCCACUCUAAGUAGCUUCCACCGUGGUUGGCAAAUCCUGCGGAACAACACCUUCAGCCACCUUCGUGGGGAAGUCAAUCAUGCUUUGGAAGAAGAGAUCUAUCACUUCUGAUAUGCCUGUUGAAUGACUGGUCACAUUACUGGUGCUUUGUGCUGCUUCACAAAUUUUUCCAGUAGUUGGUGGGAUCUGGGGGCAGUGAUAUCAGGAUUCAGGAUGAAUCUUAAACUUCCCUUGUUAUGGAGCAUCAUUUUAUUGCUUUCCCAUUGUUCCACCAAAAGGACUGAAAAAAGUUACUGGUUUUUUAUAUAGGACUCCAGUGCACUUUAAGUUAAAUAGGUGACAUGGAAUUUUAUCCCAGGUUCAAGUUUUGUAGUCACUAUGAUAGGAUUUCUUUUCUUGGCUGAAUUGAAUUCCGCUAAUGUUUCCCUUGGGGAGAGGAAUAACGAAAAGGUUUACUAACUUAAUUGUAUUAAUAUACAGCCUCUUCUGUUUAUUCUUGCUGACUUGGAAUCAAGCCUGUUACUACUCUUGACCUGUUUGACAGCUAUUAUAUAGGACCAGAAUUUUCCUUAAGAGGAAAUCUAAAAAUAAAACCCUAAUUAACUAAAACCCUAACUUUAAGUCACCUUAAUAGGUGAACUUUCCAAAAGUAUUGUGUUUCCUUGAGAAGGCAUCAAGAUUUGUUUAAGGUAGAAUACAAAGUAAUACUAAACAUUUUUACUCAGCCAAAAAUAACUGCAAUUAAUUUUAGUGAAAUGUUUCAAAGGAUUUUUUCAUAGUCUCUACUUCCAAAGUGAUGGCCUUUCCUACAGAUCCAACUUGAAAAUAUCAUUCUUCCAAAUAUAAAGUGAAACAAAGCAAGUGCUUUAUUAAUUUAUCUUUAGCUAUCACUUGAAACUUUACUCCAGAAGGAAAAAGCCAAUAUUUCAUCACUUAAAGCAAAUUAAUGACUUACUGUCUUUCCAGCAGCUGAGUGGAAAAUUACUCCAAUUCCUUUGUAGCAGGAGCAGUGAGAGACUGUUCUAGCUGGUCAUAUUUGCCUUUCAAUUGACUUUGUAUAUUCACCUGAACUAUGUCGCAUCAAAGAAUGAUGCAGACAGUUUUCAGGCAUUGUCAGUCUGAUUCUUGCUUGAUCUACUAUUGCCCAAAUUUGGCUCUGGCCUUCAAGAAUAAGCUGGCUUGGUUCUCAUUCCAUAACAAAAAUGCAUUUUCUAUGCACAGAUGUCUGGCAACUCAGGAAUUUCCCGUUGUAUUUUAAGGUUUGUCACAAUGGCCAAGGAUUUCUGAAGGAUCUCUGCCUGCUACGAAUGAUCUUUCCCUUGGUUGAGCUUGAGAAAAGAAAACUAUGAGAGUCUUUUCAGACAUACCUUCAGAGGGCAAUUAAAUGUUGGAUUGGGAAGGUGCCACUUAAAUUGGUUUCAAACCCAGAAGAUGCCUCUCUGCCCGCUCUGAACCACUCUGAACUCUGAACUCAGACUUGGGGCGAGGGAAGGAUUUCUAAAGAAGAAAUGGGGAGGAACUUUUUUUUAUCCAAGGAUGAAGUUCAGAACCUACCUCUUCAAGCUGAAGUUGGAGAUUUGUCAUAUCACUGUGAUGAACUGAACGAGUUUUGAUUACUUAUGGUUUUAUGUAUUUCCUUUGUAGAAUUUUGCACUAUAUGUCUGUGAAAAUACAAUUUGCACAUGUAUAAAACUGAUCUAUGAUGCUUUAGGGUGUUUGAAAAGUAAUUUCAUUUCAUGCCUUAAUAUUCUGGUUUCAUAUUCUCUCAAAUGAAGUAUUAGCUAAAGAAAUUCCUUAGGGGGUUAUUUGUAGUUUAGUAAUUUCUCUAGUGGCAUAGAUCUUAUAGUUUCUCCAAGUGAUUAGACAAGGACUUGAAUUAGUUUGGACAUUGAUUUGGACAAGAAAUGAUUGGACAGGCACUGAAGAUGUUACCCAGUCUGGUAAUAAAACAACUAUGAAACAAUAACACAAAAUAAAUGAAGCAAACAAUCAAGCCCAAGGACUGCAUGGCUAGACAAGAACCUGCACCAUGGCUCACUUCAUCUAUGAUGUAAUUAAUGGGGUACCAGGAUAUUUGGAACAAUGGCGUUGGUCUUUUUUCCUGGAUUCUGCCAGGAAAUUAUGUUUCAGAAUAUUCAUUAAUUAGAAUAUAACCUUGCUGCCUAACAGGAAUAAAAUACAUAGUUUCAGCUCAGUCUUCUUUCUAUCAUUCAGCCUUUGGAGAUACACCAUUUUAUCAAUGGUGAUUUUUUUUAAAAGUAAGGCAGCAAUCAAGUUGAAAGUAACAUAAUCCAGAAAAAACGGCACAUUGAGCUGAGAUCUUAAAUUAAGGCAGAAGAUGUCCAAUGUAAUGUAAAUUUGGAGCAGCUUUCAGCUAAAUUUCAGGCUUCCAUUUUUAUAUGGAAAUAUGAUUUAUUGAAGUAAGUAGAAAGAUAUGUAUAUAAAUCACAUUGUAAAUCUCUUGAAGCUUAUCAAGAUUUGCCUUAGAAGAAGUAUUGUUUUAACAAUCACUAGCUCUCAGGGGAGAUGAGUCUAAAGGGAACAUAUUGUUAAUCCCUUUUGUUCACAACAAUUUAAUUAUUUAUAGUGAAUUAAGCUAAUAUAAGCACAAACAAUUGUUUUAAUUUGUAGAAAGGUUUUUCUGAGUUCAUUUUGUUUGAAGUUGCACUUUCUUACUCUUGUGUCAUAUUAAUGUAGACAUUUUUUUACACUUUGCUGAAAGCAUUUAAUAAAAUUUGAGAUUCAAUCAAAAUAAAUUUAUAAU